GCUGCAGUCAGUCACCGGUUUGCGGCGCGCAGAGCUUUCAGCGUCCAGCUUUCACCGCCUCUUAUUAACGGGUUUACCGGGUAGCGGGCGAUUACUCCUGUGGAUUAAAGAGAAACCGGUUACCGCGGGGACUAGGAGCUGGAGCCCUGUAUUGUGUGAAGUGUUGGUGCAACUUUACCGCUGAAGGAGACUUCCCAGCCCGCGGUCAUGAUGGGAAUAGAGAGACGGAGUGGAGCCGGCCGUUAGGGCCCGCGGAGGAAUAACGUUAGCUUAGCUGUUAGCUUAGCUAGCCUUGUUUGGGUUGCUAUGCUAACCAGCUAGCUAGCUGCUAUUUUUGUUAGCAUAACAAUUAGCCGAGCUUGUUUUGAUUUUGAUGUAUUGAAGGUGCGCUGGUCCGCUAUAAUUACACGUUUCUUGAACUUUCUGGGAGUUUUUAAGUUAACCUUUCUUGAGCUAACAUUGUGUAGUAAAGGAAGCUAGCUAGCUGCGUCUUUGUGUUACAAAGUUGAUCUUUUUGUGCAGAGGGAUGACUUGUGUGUAUUUUUAUCUACAAGGGAUUGCAUGUUGAUGCUCAAACAUCAGCUAAACGCAGUCCAGAACACACAGUCUCUCUGUCCGUCCUUUACACCCCCAUCUCCGUCCUCUACCGACCACUGUCUCCUGUCCUCGGCCGGCUUCAGGCACUGAGAGUGCCCCAAUGGAGGAUCAUGACAACAUGGACUAUUUUUACCAGCAGGUAGUGCAGAAAGAUGUCACCCGCAGGUUGCAGGUCGGUCAGGACCUCAUUGACUACCUGAAUGACCCGCAGCGCUCCUCGGACGUGGAGCAGGACAAAUCCAGGCUGGAUAAGACCAUGGACGAGCUGACGGGAUGGGUGAACUCCAGCAAUUUCAAGGUGGCAUUGUUGGGGAUAGAGAUCUGUGGUGCAUUUGUGGACCGCUUGGGAGAGCGGUUCAAAGGAUUCCUGGGCACAGUUUUGCCAGCUUUGGUGGACAGGCUGGGUGAUGGGAAGGACCAGGUCAGGGAGAACAGCCAAGCUGUCAUCCUUCGCUGUAUGGAGCAGACGGCCUCGCCCAUGUACGUUUGGGAAAGGCUACUUACUGGUUUUAAACACAAGAACUUCCGCAGUCGAGAAGGAAUCUGCCUCUGUCUCAGUGCCACGCUCAGCACGUAUGGAGCCCAGCCAUUGAGCCUCAGUAAACUAGUUCCUCAUCUCUGUACUCUGACUGGAGACCAGAACCCACAGGUACGUGAGGCCUCCAUAGCAACGUUGGUGGAUGUUUAUCGUCACGUUGGAGAGAAGGUCCGAGCAGACCUGGGAAAGAGAGGACUACCUGCUGCACGGUUACAGACAUUAUUCUCUCGUUUUGAUGAAGCCUUGAAUUCAGGCAACAUGGCUCUCAGCCCGAGUCACGAUCGUAGUUUUGAAGAUGAUGACAGUGUGGAUGGGAAUCGUUCUUCCUCAGCCCAGGCUGCCUUCAAGGUCCCAAAAGUUCCCAAGAAGGCUGCAGAAUCCUCCGCUGCACGCAGACCCAGCGCUACCGGUGGCAAGCUUGUAUCCAAGGAAAGUGGGGGAGUUGAUGAAGAUGACUUCAUUAAAGCCUUCACAGAUGUCCCUGUUGUCCAGAUUUACUCAUCGAGGGAUCUUGAAGACAACCUGAAUAAGAUCCGUGAGAUCUGCUCCGAUGACAAACACGACUGGGACCAGAGAGCCAACGCUAUGAAGAAGGUCCGCUCACUGUUGGUGGCGGGCGCAACCGGCUACGACUGUUUCUACCAGCACCUACGGCUACUGGAUGGAGCCUUCAAACUGUCAGCUAAAGACCUGCGCUCACAAGUAGUCCGAGAGGCCUGCAUCACUGUGGCCCACCUGUCAACAGUGCUGGGGAAUAAAUUUGACCACGGAGCGGAAGCCAUCGUUCCCGUCCUGUUCAACCUCAUCCCCAACUGUGCCAAAAUCAUGGCCAGCUCCGGUGUGAUGGCUAUCCGCAUCAUCAUACGGCACACCCACGUCCCCCGGCUCAUCCCCCUGAUAGCCAGUAACUGCACAUGCAAGUCUGUGUCUGUUAGAAGGCGCUGUUAUGAUUUCCUGGACCUUCUGCUACAGGAAUGGCAAACCCACUCGCUGGAGAGGCACACAGCAGUUCUGGUUGAGAGCAUCAAGAAGGGAAUUCGAGAUGCAGACUCAGAGGCCAGAGUGGAGGCCCGCAAGGCCUACUGGGGUCUGAGGAACCACUUCCCAGGGGAGACCGACGCUCUCUACAACUCUUUGGAGCCCUCGUACCAGAAGACCCUUCAGUCCUGCCUGAAGAGCUCUGGCAGCGUGGCCUCACUUCCCCAGAGCGACCGCUCCUCGUCCUCCUCUCAAGAGAGCCUCAAUCGUCCUCUGACUUCUAAAUGGUCAGCAGCUCCAGGGCGAGUCCCUGCGGGUUCAAAGGGUGGGGUGUCGUCGGCCUCCCUGCAGCGUUCCCGUAGCGACGUGGAUGUAAAUGCAGCGGCAGUCGCUAAGCACCGGCAAGUCGGACAGACCAGGGGAGCAGGGCGUCUGCCCCCUGGCUCCUACUCCUCACUGGAUGAUGCCUCUGAUAAAACGGAUGGGACCAGGUCAGACAAUGGCCGUGUACGUACCAAGCAGCCCUUAUCCACCGCCAGCAGCGUGUCCAGCCAGGUGGACUCACGAGGACGCAGCCGCACCAAGAUGGUCUCCCAGUCACAACGUUCCGAUGAAUCCGAUUGCACACCAGGAUCUCAGUCUGCUACCCCUGUUGGUGCUGGCAGUCGGAGUGGCUCCCCGGGUCGUGUGCUCACGAGUACGGCCCUGAGCACCAUGAGCACAGGGGCCCAUAGGGUGCUGGCUGGGUCCAGCGGGGACAAAAACAGACGCAGUCGCAUCCCCCGCAGCCAGGGCUGCUCCAGAGACUCUUCCCCCACCCGUCUGUCUGUCGCUCCUUCCAGCAUUAGUUCCAUCUACAACGGAGCGAGCAGAGGAGCUCGGGGCAGUCGUAUCCCUCGGCCCAGUAUGAGUCAGGGCUGCAGCAGAGAGGCCAGCAGGGAGAGCAGCCGGGACACCAGCCCUGUACGCUCCUUCACUCCCCUUGCAACGCGGAGCUACUCUCGCUCCACCGGAGCUCUCCACACACCUGACGUUUUUGGUGCCGCAGGAUCAGGUUUGGGCAUCAGUCAGUCCAGUCGUCUCUCGUCUUCAGUCAGUGCUAUGAGGGUCCUCAAUCCUGGCUCAGACGUAGAAGAGGCUCUCGCAGACGCACUGCUGUUGGGAGACAUGCGGUCCAAGAAGAAGCCAGCACGGCGGCGGUACGAGAACUACAGCAUGUACUCUGAUGAUGACGCUAACAGCGAUGCAUCCAGCGCCUGUUCAGAGAGGUCCUACAGCUCCAGGAACGGAGGAGCCAUCCCCACCUACAUGCGGCAGACGGAAGACGUAGCUGAGGUGUUGAACCGUUGUGCCAGUGCCAACUGGUCCGAGAGGAAGGAGGGGCUGUUGGGGCUGCAGGCGCUGCUCAAGAACCAACGCACCCUCAGUCGGGUAGAGCUGAAGAGGCUGUGUGAAAUCUUCACCAGGAUGUUUGCAGACCCUCACAGUAAGCGAGACUGCGGCAGGGUGUACGGCACGGCAGAAUCCGGUAUAAGCUCAGCCUCCUUCAAGAGAGUGUUCAGUAUGUUCCUGGAGACGCUGGUAGAUUUCAUCCUGGUCCAUAAGGAAGAUCUACAGGACUGGCUGUUCGUCCUGCUCACACAGCUGCUGAAGAAGAUGGGAGCCGACCUGCUGGGCUCCGUACAGGCCAAAGUUCAGAGAGCCCUGGAUGUCACACGAGAGUCUUUCCCCAAUGACCUCCAGUUUACUAUUCUCAUGAGGUUCACUGUGGACCAGACACAGACGCCCAACCUCAAGGUGAAGGUGGCCAUUCUGAAGUAUAUCGACACGCUGACAUUACAGAUGGAAGCUCCAGACUUUGUGAACUCCAGUGAGACUCGGCUGGCCAUCUCCCGCAUCAUCACCUGGACGACUGAACCCAAGAGCUCUGAUGUCAGAAAGGCAGCCCAGUCGGUGUUGAUCUCACUGUUCCAGCUCAACACUCCAGAGUUCACCAUGCUGCUGGCAGCUCUGCCCAAAACCUUUCAGGACGGAGCCACCAAGCUGCUUCAAAACCACCUGAAGAACACUGGCAACGCUGCACAGGCAACAAUGGGCAGCCCUCUGACACGCCACACGCCCCGAUCCCCAGCAAGCUGGUCCAGCCCGGUCACAUCCCCCACCAACACCUCCCAGAACACCCCCUCACCAAGUGCAUUUGACUACGACACAGAGAACAUGAACUCGGAGGACAUCUACAGCUCACUGAAAGGUGUCACUGAGGCGAUCCAGAACUUCAGCGUCCGCAGCCAAGAGGACAUGAAUGAACCGGUCCACCGGCGGGACGGAGACGAGGGAGACAGCGGGACAGACAGCAGAGUGUCAGACUUUGUGGACGGAGGCCGCAUGGCUCUGGACAACAAGACGUCCCUCCUCAACACCCCCCUGCUGUCCUCCAGCCCCCGAGGAGCUCGCGACCACUUCUCCGACUCUCCCUUCAAACACAGAAGCAAAGACACCAGCAUGGACGACUCUGAGCUCCUCACAGACGACAGCAGCCUGGACCAAUCGGAGCUGGUGGCCGAGCUGCUGAAAGAGUUGUCCAAUCACAACGAGCGCGUUGAGGAGAGGAAGGCGGCGCUGUGCGAACUGCUGAAGCUGAUUCGCGAGAACACCCUGCAGGUGUGGGACGAACAUUUCAAGACCAUCCUGCUGCUCCUGCUGGAAACAAUGGGCGACAGAGAGCAUGUGAUCCGAACGCUGGCUCUGCGGGUGCUGAGGGAGAUUCUCAGCAAGCAGCCGUGGAGGUUCAAAAACUACGCAGAACUCACCAUCAUGAAGGCCCUGGAGGCUCACAAAGACCCCCACAAGGAGGUGGUACGAGCAGCAGAGGAGACGGCAGCCAUGUUGGCGUUGUCCAUCAGCCCAGACCAGUGUGUCAAGGUGUUGUGUCCCAUUAUCCAGUCAGCUGACUACCCCAUCAACCUGGCUGCCAUCAAAAUGCAGACCAAAGUGGUGGAGAGGGUUCCCCGCGAGGGCCUGAUGAGCCUCCUGCCUGAGAUCGUGCCAGGACUCAUACAGGGUUACGACAACUCUGAGAGCAGUGUAAGGAAAGCCUGUGUGUUCUGCUUGGUGGCCAUUUACGCAGUGAUCGGAGAGGACCUCAAACCGCACCUCAGCCAACUCUCCAGCAGCAAGCUGAAGCUGUUGAACCUGUACAUCAAGCGUGCUCAGUCCGGCUCCGGCGGCGGUGAACCCCCGACUGAGGGCCUAUAGGAGAUACAGCGCCCUCCCACAGGGCAACCACAGAACUGCAACUCUGCCCACCAAACAUAAACAACCCUUCAUGAGCUCACACCCACACAGACCGAGAACAAAACCACACAUCCUAACACUCUUUCACCGGAGCUUACACCCACACCUACGCUUGCACUCUGGCCAGCAGAGUGACACACACACACACACACACACACACACAGGUACACACGGUCCUCAUACAUUUCCUGUACAAGAUGGGAGUUGCGGUGCAGAAGAGAGGAGUGUUGUAGUUCUCCUGUCCAUCGCUGAGGAUCUCAGACUGAACUGAACCCUUAAACACACCAACAGAUAACACACAUCCAGUCACACCCGGUUUGUCACUAAUCACUCAAGGAUGAAGAAACGUCCGUCCUCUAUCCCGAACACUACAGUAUCCCCUCUGAAUAACAUCUCGAUGUCAACAGUAAGCGGUGCGUCUGCAUGGUUCUCAUUUUUAAGGGGGUAAGGUUCAUAGAACAGGGCUGAGACGAACGAAUGGAGCCGUCUUGUGUCUUUCUUGAACAGCGAGUAACCGGGGCCAGGUAGACAGGAAUGUAAAUUUACAUUGUGUCCUAGUUUGGAUUUAUUUUACGCGAUGAGGUUUUACUGCAGCGGUUUUUAAUGUUUGGAGUUUUCUCUCGCUCACACACACAUAUACACACACUUUCAAAAAGGUGCUGAUUAGCCUAAAAGGUACGACCAACCAACCAAGCAACCGUGCACAGCACUAACACGAGUCACAGCGGGUCACGCCUGCUCAUAGCGAAUACAGUACAUCCCGAGGUAUAGGAGGUGUUACGUGCUUGGCUAUGCAUGAGACUAAAUUUAAACGUUUUUAUUGGAUCGACAGUCAGAAUAGUGUGACUGGGGUUUUAAAUUAAUGUGAACGAUGUCCACCCCUUUCAGAAACAUUCACGGUGUUCUCCGUUUUCUCCCGGCUCAUCUCGGAUCACUCCACUUCUGGGCAACAUGGGGAGGAAGAUGUGUGCGUGCUGCUUACUACAUGAAGUAUGACAGGACAUGGCUUAUUAUCACAUAGUGGAUAUGUAUCUAUAUAUGAUAUUAAAAUGGGAUAUCCAAUAACUGUGUCAUUUAGGAGAGUUCCCCGGGGAGGUGCACACGCGCACCUGUGCCCAUCCUUGUUUUUAUUUUCUCUCUCUGUCGCUUUAGCCGUAGUCUCUCUCUCUCUCUCUCUCUCUCUCACACUUAUUUUUUCUCUGCUGAGAAAUUUGUAGAAAUGUAUUAUUUACAGCUCUGAAAACGAAAUCGUCACGUCACCCUUUUUCUCUUCUCUUCUCUUCAUCGUGUCUUUCUUUCCCUCCUCUUCUUGUAACAUUCUAGUUUUCACUGUUGUGUUUCCUCCGUGCAUUUACAAAGCUGUGCUUACAUUACAAAUAAAGAACGUGUACAGAUCAUGA